AUGCCUACUGUGGUAGUAUCUGGAGGUUCAGGUGCCGUGGGCAAAGCAACAAUCAGUCUGUUUAGAAAACAUGAGAAUCCUAAUGUCAUUUCGAUUGGAACAAAAAUAAACCCGGAAGCGAAUCAUAACAUCCUAGUACUUGCUGAUGAGUCGAUCGAAUCCCAAGGAGAAAAGGUGAUUCAACAGGCAGGAUUGUUGUUAAAAGAAGGCGAAAAGUUUGACGCAAUUAUCUGUGUUGCUGGAGGAUUCGUUGGUGGCAAUGCUGCAAGUGACGGGUUUCUGGCUUCAGCGGCUUUUAAUAUUAAAAAGUCAUUGAAUCCUGCUCUAAUUGCGUCUCAUCUGGCGGCCAAAUACUUGAAAGAAGGUGGCCUUUUAACCUUAACCGGAGCAGCCAAUUUAACUUCUACUCCUGGAUAUAUCGGAUAUGGUGUCGCUAAAGCCGUAAUACAUCAUCUAGUGCGUAGUUUGGCAUCCCCUGGCAGUGGACUUCCGAAAGAUACUAAAGUUGUUUCCUUGUCACCCGCCGCUAUUGACACUCCAGCAAACAGACAAUUUAAUAUGCCGGCCUUGAUUCCUUUGAAUGCAAUAACCCAGCGAUUGCUUGACUGGACAACAGGUGCUAUUCCUGUUCCUCACGGUAAAAUCGUAGAGGUUGGUGUCGAUAACAAUGAGACAACUUGGAAAGAGCUAUAA